AUGUCCAAGCGCAUUGACCAGAUCGCAGGUCAUCUCAACUACCCCAAGGGUAUGUUGGCGGGCCAGACAGCUAUCAUCACAGGCUCAGGACAGGGAAUUGGCGCCGAAGCCGCGAGGCUGUUCGCGAACGAGGGCGCCAGGGUUGUGGUUGCGGAUGUGGAUGCGAAAAAAGCACAAACCGUAGCCGACGAAAUCAAUCAGAGUGGCGGCGCUGCCCUUGCGGUCGCCGGCGAUGUCCUUGACGACGCAUACAUUGCCGACCUCAUCAAGAAAGCUGCAGAUUUCGGAGGCGGCAAGAUCCACAUCAUCGUCAACAAUGCUGGCUACACAUGGGACGGUGUCAUUCACAAGAUGACCGACAAGCAAUGGCAUACCAUUGUCGACGUGCACGGCACUGCACCAUUCAAGAUCAUUAGGGCUGCUGCGCCGUACUUUAGAGUCAAGGACGGCGAGCCCAGGAAUAUCAUCAAUAUCUCGAGUACCUCGGGUGUGCAUGGGAACGCAGGACAGAUUAACUACGCACUUGCAAAGGCGGGUGUCACUGGGUUGACCAAGACAGUUGCAAAGGAGUGGGGUCCAGCUUUCGGGGUGCGGGCGAACACGGUAGCCUUUGGUUUUAUCCUGACUCGGUUGACGGCAGCGAAGGAGGCGGGAGCGUUUGUCACGACUCCAGAUGGCACAAAGGUUGCGCUCGGCAUACCAGGAGCGCAGAAGGCUGGCGGACCUGGUGCAGGAGAGCAGCACUUGGACAUCCCACUGAGGAGACCGGGCACCGCCACAGAAGCAGCGAGCGCUGUGCUUGCGCUGGCGAGUCCGCUGAUGAGCUAUGUUAGUGGACAGACGAUCAUGGUGACCGGGGGUCGCAAUAUGUAA